UCUUGCACCUGCGUAUUAAAAAUACUUAAAGGUUUAUUCAAACAAGUUUUUAUCAAUAAAUCCUACCUCAGUAUUUGUAUGUAAAGUGUAGAGAAAUAAAAUAAUUACUGUCUUUUGAUAUGUGCCGUUUUAAGUGAGAUACAUGGAUGUUUUUUUCGUGUGAACAUGUACUUCCCCUAAGUGGUCGGUGGUUUUUAUGUACAUAACCUCUGUUUAUUUUGCAAUUUACCGUUUAACAGUCUUAACUAAAACUAAAUUAUCGACUAGUUUAUUUACUAAUAGAAUAAACAUUAUUAUAACUUGCAUUUCUAUUUAAAUCUAGUAUAAACAAUAUUACUCUUUGACAUUUGACAGAUGUUAUAUUAUGAUUUAUCUUAUCUUUGGUACUGGGUACUGUCCUUAUAUUUAUACGAUUUGAACAUUUUUAGUAUGCAGAACUAUAAAAAUGUUUUAGAAAAAUAAAAAAAUGGUGGAAAUGGGAAACUCGAGUCUUCUGCAUUUAGGAGACAUUGUCUCUUUAUAUGCAGAAGGCACAGUUAGCGGUUUUUUGAGUACAUUGGGUUUAGUUGAUGAUCGCUGUGUGGUUUGCCCCGAAGCUGGGGAUUUAUUAAACCCUCCAAAAAAAUUCAGGGACUGUUUGUUUCGUAUAUGUCCAAUGAACAGAUAUUCCGCUCAAAAACAAUUUUGGAAAGCAGCGAAACAAAGCAUGGGUUCUAACGGUGACACAAAUUUACUCAAAAGAUUGCAUCAUGCUGCGGAAAUUGAGAAAAAGCAGAACGAAACCGAAAAUAAAAAAUUGCUUGGAACAAAUGUUCAGUAUGGCAAUGUGGUGCAGUUGCUGCAUCUGAAAUCUAAUAAGUACUUAACUGUGAAUAAACGACUACCUGCUUUGUUAGAAAAAAAUGCAAUGAGGGUGUACUUAGACGGAAAUGGAAAUGAAGGAUCUUGGUUCUAUAUUCAACAAUUCUAUAAAUUGCGAGCCACUGGUGAUAAUAUUGUACUUGGUGAUAAAGUUAUCUUAAGUCCAGUCAGUUCAGGCCAGCAAGUACUUCAUGUAGCUUCGAAUCACGAAUUACCUGAUAAUCCAGGCUGUAAAGAAGUAAAUGUAGUAAAUGGUAGCACCUCCUGGAAAGUCAGUUUAUUCUUAGAACAUCGAGAAAAUCUAGAUGAUGUUUUGAAAGGUGGGGAUGUCGUCAGGCUAUUUCAUGCCGAACAAGAGAAAUUUUUAACAAUGGACGAAUAUAAGAAGAAGCAGCACGUAUUUUUAAGGACCACGGGUCGCACAAGCGCCACAGCUGCUACUAGCAGUAAAGCUUUGUGGGAGGUUGAAGUUGUCCAACAGUACCCUUGCCGAGGAGGAGCUGGAAAAUGGGAUUCCCUUUUUCGUUUCAAACAUUUAGCGACAGGCCAAUAUUUAGCUGCUGAAGUGGAUGCCGAUAAUGAUAAAAAAACAUCACAAGGUGAUUCCGAUAUUCCCGCCUACCGUUUGGUACCAGUUGGCUUUUUUAACGAUAUCGCCACACUAUUUGAGUUAGACCCGACAGGUAGGACCAGGGGAGAUUCUCUAGUACCUCAGUCCAGUUAUGUACGUUUACAUCAUUUUUAUACGGACAGUUGGGUACAUUCCACGUCCGUACCUAUCGAUAAAGAUGAAGAAAGGCCGGUUAUGUCGAAGGUUGGAUGUGCAGUUACCAAAGAGGAUAAAGAGGCUUUUGCCUUGAUUUCUGUCUCGCCGGUGGAAGUCAGAGAUUUAGAUUUUGCCAAUGACGCAUGUAAAUUGUUAUCAGCUUUGUCUGUCAAAUUAGAGACGGGAACUAUUUCCCAUAACGAGAGAAGAUCGCUGACAUCUUUACUGCAAGAUAUUGUCUAUUUUGUGGCUGAACUUGAAAGCGAACAAAACAAGUCCGAAGCAUUGGAUUUAAUUGUAACGAAUCCAAAUAGGGACAGGCAAAAGUUACUAAGAGAGCAAGCUAUACUAACACAGCUAUUUAAAAUUUUACAAGGACCAUUUUUGGAUUCAGGAGGCGAAGGCCCUUUUUUAAAAAUAGAGGAAUUGAGUGAUCCUCGUCAUUCCGCUUACAAAUAUAUGUUCCGUCUCUGCUACAGAAUACUAAGGCUGAGCCAACAGGAUUAUAGAAAGAAUCAGGAAUACAUUGCUAAACAUUUUGGAUUCAUGCAGAAACAAAUUGGUUACGAUAUAUUAGCUGAAGAUACGAUAACAGCAUUAUUACAUAAUAACAGGAAAUUAUUAGAGAAGCAUAUAACUCCGGCAGAAAUUGAAACAUUUGUAGGCUUAGUGAGAAAAAAUAUGAAUAAUUGGGAAUCUCGUUUCUUAGAUUAUCUGUCAGAUCUGUGUAUUUCGAAUAGGAAAGCCAUUCCUGUGACUCAAGAACUGAUCUGUAAAAGUGUUCUUAGUCAAAAAAAUUCAGAUAUUCUCAUCGAGACUCGAAUGAUGAAAACUCAAGUUGAGCUUGCAGAGAUAAAUGAAGAUAACAUUUUAGAAAACGAUGAAGAAUUAGAGCCAUUAAUCACAGUUGUAGAAGAUAUAGUAUUGCUGUGGAAUAACCGCCAGAAAUCUGUUCCACUUACCGAUCUUUGCAGAAAAGCGAAAUUGGGGUCUAAGGACGAUCAAGCCAUUCUUGACUAUUACAGACAUCAACUGGAUUUGUUCUCAAAUAUGUGCUUAAACAGACAAUAUUUAGCUCUUAAUAAUCUUUCACCACACCUCGACAUUGAGCUUAUUCUAAAGUGUAUGGCAGAUGAAAGUGUUAGUUUUGACCUUCGAGCUUCAUUUUGUAGACUUAUGCUUCAUUUGCACGUAGACAGAGAUCCUCAAGAACCCGUUACUCCUGUGAAGUACGCUCGGCUUUGGUCGGAAAUCCCAUCUCAAAUGUCUAUUAACGACUAUGACUGCAAUAAAACGCCUGAUGCAAAUAAAGAAGCAGUACGAGCAAAGUUUUCGUCUACAAUAGCCUUCGUAGGGGGCUAUUUAUGUAAUGUAGUAGCUAAAAUGUGGUCCUUUGCGGAUCAAGAGCAAAAUAAGCUUACUUUUGAGGUAGUGAAAUUAGCAAGGGAAUUAAUAUAUUUUGGGUUUUAUAGUUUCUCAGAUUUACUAAAACUAACAAAAACGCUUCUUAGCAUCUUGGAUUGUGUUUCUGAGAGUGAUUUUUUGGAUGGGCGGGUGCCAUCUGGUGAUAUAGACUCAGAAGGAGGUGUUUUACGUACAAUCGGAGAUAUGGGGGCUGUAAUGACAUCCUUAACUUUAGGCUCUGUAGGAAGAUCAGGAGUUACCUCUAAUUCUGGUCAAAAAACUGCUCUGUACAUGAAGGAAAAUCCUUUAGUGAUGGAUACAAAGUUAAAAAUAAUCGAAAUACUGCAGUUUAUUUUAAAUGUUCGUCUUGAUUAUCGAAUAAGCUGCUUAUUGAGUAUUUUUAAACAAGAAUUUGAUGAAUCCGAGAAAAACAGUGGUGGUGAUCUAAAUCUUUGUCAGAAAAAUAUCGAUUUGGAAUUAAUAGGAAGCCAGGCUGAAGGAAUUUUUGGCAGCAGUGAAGAAUGUGCAGUUCUAGAUUUGGAUGGACAUGGGGGUCGUACAUUUUUAAGGGUACUUUUGCAUUUAACCAUGCAUGAUUACGCACCUCUAGUGUCGGGUGCUUUACACUUAUUGUUCCGACACUUUAGCCAAAGACGAGAAGUCUUACAAGAAUUCAGACAAGUCCAGCUUUUAGUAUCAGAUAGCGAUGUAGAAUCCUAUAAACAAAUAAAAGCAGAUUUGGAUGUUUUAAGGCAGUCCGUAGAAAAAUCAGAACUCUGGGUAUAUAAAUCAAAAUGUGUUGAAGAUCAUGGAUCUAAUAAUAAAAAGAACAAAGAAGAAGAGGAGGAAGUAGCGACAACAAAGACCCCGACAGUUAGUGUUCUGGAAAAAAAAGGGUCUGCUAUUAAUCUAGAUGUGGGGCCACAUCUACACCCGGAACAGGCAGACGAAUAUAAAAAAAUCCAACAAAUUUUAAUUAGAAUGAAUAAACUUUGUACUCAAGGUUCCCCGACGGGAAUCGUAAAGCCAAGAAAACACGAGCAGCGUCUACUAAGGAACGUUGGAGUACACACUGUUGUAUUGGAACUACUUCAGAUUCCGUAUGACGAAAAAGAAGAUAUCAGAAUGAACGAACUUAUGAGACUCGCCCAUGAAUUUUUGCAAAACUUCUGCUUGGGCAAUAGACAGAAUCAAGUACUACUAUAUAAAAAUUUAGAUCUUUUCUUAAAUCCUGGGAUUCGAGAGGCCCAGACGGUUUGUGCAAUAUUUCAAGAUAAUUCAAUGCUGUGUAAUGAAGAAAAUGAGAAAGUUAUACAACAUUUUGUUCAUUGCAUCGAAACCCAUGGGAGGCACGUGCAAUAUUUAAAGUUUCUUCAAACUAUAGUUAAAGCUGAAAAUCAGUUUAUAAGAAAAAGCCAGGAUUUGGUUAUGCAAGAAUUAAUUAAUGCAGGAGAAGACGUGCUCGUGUUUUAUAACGAUAAGGCUUCGUUUAAUCACUUCAUAGAAAUGAUGCGUUCUGAGAGGCAUUGUAUGGAUGAAGGUAGCCCUUUGAAGUAUCACGUGGAGUUGGUAAAAUUAUUAGCUUGUUGUACAAUGGGAAAAAAUGUGUACACUGAAAUCAAAUGUCACAGUUUAUUACCGUUAGACGAUAUCGUUGCCAUGGUGACUCAUCCGGAUUGUAUUCCUGAAGUCAAGGAGGCGUAUGUCGGCUUUUUGAACCACUGUUACAUCGAUACAGAAGUAGAAAUGAAGGAGAUCUACACUUCGAGUCACAUGUGGACUUUAUUUGAAAAAUCGUUUUUAGUCGACAUGGCCGACAUAGCAACCGCACCAACAGACAGAAAACAUCCAGACAGGGCACUAGAAAAUUAUGUUACUAAUUGUGUAAUGAAUAUUAUUAUUACAUUUUUUAAUAGCCCCUUUUCUGAUCAGAGCACUACAGUUCAGAAACAUCUGCAUGAAGCCAGGGUGUACUGGAGCGACUCUACCAUGGAUGACUAUGAUCCGUUCUCAGUUAAUAUACAACUCAAACAAUCUCCAUUUUCCACUAAUACAAGGCAACCCAUUUUUGUACAGCUGUUGCAAUCAGCAUUUAGAGUAUCUCAGUGUCCUUGGCUAUCAGCAUCACAACGCUUUAAUGUUGAAAAUUGUAUUCGUACACUUUCAGAAGUUGCCAAGAACAGAAGUAUAGCAAUUCCGUUGGAUCUGGAAAAUCAAGUGGACGCGAUGUUUAAUAAAGCAACUAUUUUGAGUAAACAAACGAAUAAGUGGCGACAGGCCUCAAAGACACCUAAAAUAGAAAGGUCGCAGUCACAAUUGAUGAGGUUAGAUAGAAGUAUAAUAGAGGGUUUGCAAGAUAUAGUUUCUUUAUUACAAGAUCAACUGAAGCCGUUGGUUCAGUCGGAAUUAUCACUGCUAGUCGACGUAUUGUAUAGACCGCAUUUGCUGUUCCCCGCUGGUACCGAGGCUAGAAAAAAAUGUGAAAGUGGGGGUUUUAUCAGAAGACUUAUUAAACAUACAGAGAAGUUGUUGGAGGAAAAGGAGGAAAAGCUGUGCGUGGAAGUCUUAAAAACUCUUCGUAAAAUGAUGGCCGUAGACUCCGAAUACGGCGAGAAGGGUGAUGUUUUGCGUAAUAGUUUACUUGCUAGAUACUUUGGAAAAACAUUUGUUGCGAGCAGUUCCACUUUAGAAUUGGGGCAUAUAAAAACUCCUAUAACACACGGUCCUGGAGCUAAGAUUUUAAGAAGGGCAGGAAGGACACUUCACGAAGUCCAGACACAUCUAGAUAGGGAAGGCACUUCUGAUUUAGUGGUGGAAUUAGUAGUAAAAUCUGGUAGUUCUCCUUCGAUAUUUGAAGAAGCUGUCGAGCUCGGUAUUGCUCUGCUCGAAGGUGGUAAUACCGUUAUACAAAAAAGUAUGUUCAACAAACUUCUCGGAGGCGAUCUAAGUCAGUCCUUCUUUAAGAUGUUCUAUGAUAAAAUGAAAUAUUCACAGCAAGAGAUAAAGUCCACCGUCACUGUAAACACUAGCGAUAUUGCUGCCAAGGCUCAUGAGGACAAACAGGAUGGAAAAGACUUGGAUAAACUGUCAAAAAAGCAAGGAAGCAAAACCAAUGGUAUAUUGAUUAGUGACGAAUUAAGAGAGGAACUAAGUAGAGCUGCUGAAACGACCUCCCAAGCUUACGCUCACAUUCGUAACAUGGGUGCCGGAGAAGAAGGGGUCGUUUCGUCAAAUUCUGCCUCGGCUUUUGAAGAUUUACUUGCAGAAAAACUGGAAAAACAUCGGGAGCGGGAAGAUCAAAAUGGACUCUCCAACAAAGUAUUAAUCAUGCAACCCAUCCUAAGAUUCCUCCAAUUACUUUGUGAGAAUCACAAUAAAGAUUUGCAGAAUUUGUUACGGAAUCAGAAUAAUAAAAACAACUUUAAUCUCGUAUCGGAAACGCUGAUGUUCUUAGAUUGUAUAUGUGGUUCGACGACUGGUGGUCUCGGACUUCUAGGUCUGUACAUUAACGAAAAUAAUGUUGCUCUCAUUAAUCAGACAUUAGAAACUUUAACCGAGUAUUGUCAAGGACCUUGUCAUGAGAACCAAAACUGCAUUGCGACUCACGAAUCGAACGGUUUAGAUAUUAUAACUGCGUUGAUUUUGAACGAUAUAAGCCCACUGGGGAAAUCCCGCAUGGACUUGGUUUUAGAACUAAAAAAUAACGCUUCUAAACUGCUAUUGGCUAUAAUGGAGAGCCGUGGUGAUAGUGAGAAUGCCGAGCGCAUAUUGUACAACAUGAAUCCGAAACAACUCGUAGACGUAGCGUGUCGUGCUUUCCAUCAAGAAACGGCUGACGACGAUGUGGAUGAUGCCAGCGUAGAAAAUAUGGUUUCGCCCAGAGAAGUGGGGCACAAUAUUUGGAUUUUGUGUCAUCAGUUGUCCCAGCACAAUAAGGAACUAGCAUCUUUACUUAAACCAACGGAUUCCGGUAGAGAUCCUAAAACUCAAAAAGCUAUAACUUAUUAUACUUCGUAUACUGCACAAAUAGAAAUUGUAAGACAUGAUCGUACAUUAGAGCAGAUUGUUUUCCCUAUACCUGAAAUAUGCGAAUAUUUGACUGAUGACACUAAAACUAGAGUACUACACACAGCUGAGAGGGACGAUCAAGGUUCUAAAGUGACAGAUUUCUUCGAAAGAACCGAUCAGAUGUUUAACGAAAUGAACUGGCAAAAGAAGCUUCGAGCGCAACCUAUUUUAUCUAGGGUCAGUAGCUAUAUGUCUCUAUGGAGUAACAUCCUCUUCAACUGUGCUGUCCUUAUUAAUUUAAUAGUUGCUUUUUGCUACCCGUUUGACGAUGUCGUGCCAACAAUAAGUUCUUCCAUAUCAGCACUGAUCUGGGUCGUCAUGAUAAUAUCGUCAGCCAUAGUGAUCACUUUGCCAAGAGAAACCGGUAUAAGAACCUUAGUGGCUUCCACCAUCCUUAGACUGAUAUGCUCUCUCGGGCCGGAGCCUACUUUAUGGUUACUCGGAACAGUUACAAUAUUAGUGAAAUGCAUACAUCUAGUCAGUAUAAUGGGCAACCAUGGAACGCUCACCAAAACCUAUUUGCAAAUACUCACCGAUGCCGAACUGGUGUACCAUCUGGCGUAUUUAGUUUUUUGCAUGUUUGGACUCGUAAUGCAUCCCUUUUUCUAUUCUCUCUUGUUGUUCGAUGUUGUAUAUCGUGAGGAAACCCUUCUAAAUGUAAUUCGUUCUGUGACCAGAAAUGGCCGCUCUAUAAUAUUGACCGCUGUGUUAGCUCUAAUUCUGGUUUAUAUGUUCUCUAUUAUCGGAUACAUGUUCUUCAAAGAUGAUUUUAUUGUCAGCGUUAAAAAGAAAACGGACGAGACAUGCAAAUCGGAUCUUACUGGUAGUAAGUACAAAGACGGUUCGGAUGAAUAUUGUGAGUUAAUCGAUCCGGGUGAAGAAAAGAAAGAAAGAGCUUGCGAUUCUCUAAUAAUGUGCAUUUUGACCACUUUGAAUCAGGGUCUGAGGAAUGGCGGGGGUAUUGGAGAUAUAUUACGAGCACCCAGUAGUGAGGAAGCUCUUUUCGUUCCCAGAGUAAUUUACGAUUUGCUAUUCUUCUUUGUCGUUAUCAUUAUUGUACUUAACCUCAUUUUUGGUGUAAUUAUUGACACGUUCGCCGACUUGAGAACUGAAAAACAACAUAAAGAAGUUAUCUUAAAAGACACUUGUUUUAUAUGUGGAUCAAAUAGGUCUGCUUUUGAUAAUAAAAUAGUAAAUUUUGAGGACCACAUAAAAAAUGAACAUAAUAUGUGGCACUAUUUGUACUUCAUCGUUUUAAUAAGAGUAAAAGACCCGACAGAAUUCACUGGUCCCGAAAGUUAUGUGUAUGAUAUGGUGAAACAUGCGAAUUUGGAAUGGUUUCCUAGAUUAAGAGCUAUAUCUCUAGCGGCAGUCGAAAAAGAAGGAGAGCAAAUUGAAUUAAAAGGUCUUCAUACACAACUACUUAACACACAACUCCUCGUUACCACUCUCUCGCACCAGCUGAAGGAGUUAAAAGAUCAAAUGGCCGAACAGCGGAAAUACAAGAAGAGGAUAGAUCUUUUAUCUUCUGCUUCUGCAUAUCUACAAACUUCCAAUGUUCCCUCAGUCGAAAAAAUAUGCUAGUCUGAAAUACCUGCUCGUGAAAACUGCAAUAAUUUUUAUUCAUCGUUAAUAUGAUAGAUACCAUAUUUUAGUGUUUAGAUGCAAUGCUCAAAGUAUAUCUCAUUUCAGUAAUGAUAGUAGAUGUCAAGGUUACUAUAAAAUAAGUGGCACUGUAAUAUUUUGCUGAGAUUUUCUUUUUCUAUGUCCAAUUUACAGAUUACAUAACACGACUAUAAAACGAUAUUAGAACACCAAUAAAAGUAAAUUUCUUGAUUAGAGUUUCAAGGAGAAUUUAUAUAAACAGGUUUUUAAAGGUGUUUAACUGUUUUAUAUUAAUCUUGAAUAUAUAUGACAUUUUUUAAUACAAAUUAAUUGCCAACGUUUCUAUUCAGAUAUUAGAUAGUAAGGUGUAAAUUUACAUAAAUUCUUUUAUAUCUAAAUGGUCCAAAGCCAAAUUUUACAAGUGAUGUAUUUUCUUCUGGUUGCACAAUAAUGUUGAAAAAAAAAA